UAUGUGCGUUUGAAAAAUGUUCCAUUGAUGUUAAUCAAAUGAACUUAAUUAUCUAAAUCAAUGAAUAUAUAAAAUUAUUUGGAAAAACUUCAUAUAUUAGAAGUUAAAAAAGCCCUACAGUUAUUUAAAGGUAGAAAAAAAUGAGCUCUUCAUUAUUUUUGACAUUAAAAGACAAAGGAGACUUACAUUUAGCAUCUUCUCUAUGUGAUGGACUUGAAGAUAACGAUAUAAAACAAGUGACGAUUCUUUUGAAAAAUAAAAAAGCAAAUCCAAAUGUCUUUAUGCCAUUGAAUGGCAUUACUCCAUUUCAUCUAGUUAUAGGUAAUGACUCUGAAGUUUUUGCUGAAGAUGCAACUAAAUUGUUUUUACAAUAUGGAGGAGAUCCAAAUGUUAAAUCUGCUGAUGCUAUGACACCAGUUCAUAUAGCUGCAGCAUGGGGAAGAGCUAAAAUUCUUGAGCUUUUAUUAUCCAAUGGGGGUGAUCCACAUGCUCUUGAUUCAGAUAACUGUUCUCCAUUUCAUUAUGCAUUUCAAGAAGAACAUUAUGAGAUAAGAUUAUAAUUAAUAAUGGUGAUAUAUUAGGGGAAUACCUUAUGCAGGAUAAGCAAUUAUUUGAUAGUUCUUAUAA